AUUAUCUGAUAAUUACAAGCGACAUAACUUAUGUACAAUACCACAAUUAUUUCUGUUUAAACUAUGCACAUAAUAUUUGUUUAUCAAAAGGUGUGUUAAAUGAGGCAUGUGAUGUAUUUUUUACAAAUUUUAGAAAAUAUGUCUGGUAAUAAGAGGAUUGAGAUAGACUCUGAAGAUCCUUGUGACAGCAAAAACACAUUUAAUAAAGGACAGUCCUCUGAUGAGAAUAGCAAAUCUUACUCUAGUAGUAAGAGAAUUCCUACUGAUGAUAAAGGAAGACAAUCUCAAGGUAUGAGACACAAUCAGUUCACUGAUUCUUUAAUCAAAUAGGAACUGACUCAGUAACUAAGAAAAGGAAACAAAAUGAAGAUCACUCAAGAUCUAAAAUGACUGUCACUACAGAAACACAAAGCUAUGAUACAAGUGAAGAUAUUUCUGCAAAUAAGAGACAGAAAUUAACUGAUGAUACUGAAAUGAUUGACAAUGAGCCAGUUGGGUGUACAUCUAAUAAUGAAAUACAGCUUCAAGACUGUCUCAAUGUUACUCUGAGUAUUGAUGAUUUGGAUGCUGUGCUUGAAUUGUUAUCAAAUUCAUUUAAUCAAUGGAAGACAUUAGGACUAAAACUGGGUAUUAGUUACGUAACACUAGAUAAUAUUCAAAGUGAGGAAAAAAAGGUACAAGGUCGUCUAAUGGAGAUGCUAGCUACUUGGUUGAGAAAAAAAGAUAAAGUAGUUAAUACUACUUGGAGCCAACUGAUAGAUUCAUUGAGAAAAAUAGGAGAAAAUGCUCUUGCUGAGAAAAUAGAAGCAAAAAUUACAAAACAAUAAGCUUAAUCAGUCAUACUGUUUAUAAAUGUAAGCUACAAUACAUUAAUAACCAGCACAUG